GGCCAGUGGGACCGCGGCCCCCGGCAAGCGCCGUCCGGCUCCCGGCCCUGCCGCUGCCCCGGCGCCGCGGCUAUGGCGGCCAGCGCCAAGCGCAAGCAGGAGGAGAAGCACCUGAAGAUGCUGCGGGACAUGACCGGCCUCCCGCACAACCGAAAGUGCUUCGACUGCGACCAGCGCGGCCCCACCUACGUGAACAUGACGAUCGGCUCCUUCGUCUGCACCUCCUGCUCCGGCAGCCUGCGAGGGUUAAAUCCUCCACACAGGGUGAAGUCUAUCUCCAUGACAACAUUCACACAACAGGAAAUUGAAUUCCUGCAAAAACAUGGAAAUGAAGUUUGUAAACAGAUUUGGCUAGGAUUAUUUGAUGAUAGAUCUUCAGCAAUUCCAGACUUCAGGGACCCACAAAAAGUGAAAGAAUUUCUACAAGAAAAAUACGAAAAGAAAAGAUGGUAUGUCCCCCCGGAACAAGCCAAGGUUGUGGCAUCAGUGCAUGCGUCAAUUUCAGGGUCUUCAGCCAGUAGCACGAGCAGCACACCUGAGGUCAAACCACUGAAAUCUCUCUUAGGAGAUUCUGCACCAGCACUGCACCUAAAUAAGGGCACACCUAGUCAGUCCCCAGUUGUAGGUCGCUCCCAAGGGCAGCAGCAGGAAAAGAAGCAGUUUGACCUUUUGAGUGAUCUUGGCUCAGACAUCUUUGCUGCUCCAGCUCCUCAGUCAACAGCCACAGCCAAUUUUGCUAACUUUGCACAUUUCAACAGUCAUGCAGCUCAGAAUUCUGCAAAUGCAGAUUUUGCAAACUUUGAUGCAUUUGGACAGUCUAGUGGUUCGAGUAAUUUUGGAGGUUUCCCCACAGCAAGUCACUCUCCUUUUCAGCCCCAAACCACAGCAUUUAGAAUACUUUCAUCUAGCUGCAGUUUUGGUGAAUUUACUUCCACUUUUCCUCUCCAGGCUACCCACAGUGGAAGUGCUGGAUCAGUAAAUGCUAAUUUUGCUCAUUUUGAUAACUUCCCCAAAUCCUCCAGUGCUGAUUUUGGAACCUUCAAUACUUCCCAGAGUCAUCAGACAGCAUCAGUUGUUAAUAAAGUUUCAACUAACAAACCUGGGUUACAGACAGCAGACAGAUAUGCAGCACUUGCGAAUUUAGACAAUAUCUUCAGUGCUGGGCAAGGUGGUGAUCAAGGAAGUGGUUUUGGGGCCACAGGGAAAGCUCCUGUUGGUUCUGUGGUUUCAGUUCCCAGUCAGUCAACUGCAUCUUCAGACAAGUACGCGGCCUUGGCCGAAUUAGACAGCGUGUUCAGCUCUGCGGCCACCUCCAGUAAUGCAUAUACUUCCACUAGUAAUGCUAGCAGCAGUGUUUUUGGAACAGUGCCAGUGGGUGCUUCAGCACAGACUCAGCCUGCUUCUUCAAGUGUGCCUGCUCCAUUUGGAGCUACGCCUUCCACAAAUCCAUUUGUUGCUGCUGGUGGUCCUUCUGUGGCACCUUCUACAAAUCCAUUUCAGGCCAAUGCCAGAGGAGCAACAGGCCUUUCUGGAGCAAUGCAUUCUCAAGUGUUUCCUCACGCUCAUUUUGCGGCAACCUUCGGCACGGCGUCCAUGAGCAUGCCUGCGGGGUUCGGCACUCCUGCUCCCUAUAGUCUUCCUACCAGCUUUAGCGGCAGCUUCCAGCAGCCUGCCUUCCCGGCCCAAGCAGCCUUCCCUCAACAGACAGCUUUUUCUCAACAGCCCAAUGGUGCAGGUUUUGCAGCAUUUGGACACACAAAGCCAGUGGUGACCCCUUUUGGUCAAGUUGCAGCUGCUGGAGUACCUAGUAAUCCUUUUAUGACUGGUCCACCAACAGGACAGUUUCCAACAGGGAGCUCAUCAACCAAUCCUUUCUUAUAGCCUUAUAUAGACACUUUACUGGAACGAACUUUUCUGUGGUCACAUUACAUCGCUCCGCCUCUUGCACUGUUGUCUUGUUUCACUGAUCUUAGCUUUAAACACAAGAGAAGUCUUUAAAAAGCCUGCAUUGUGUAUUAAACACCAGGUAAUAAGUGCAAAACAGAGGGCUCUGGUAACAACUUUUAACCUGUGAGUUGGCAGAAAAAGAUAGCGGUAUCAUGUAUAUUAAAAAUUGGCUAAUAUUAAGUUAUUGCAGAUACCACAUUCAUUAUGCUGCAGUACUGUACAUAUUUUUCUUAGAAAUUAGCUAUUUGUGCAUAUCAGUAUUUGUAACUUUAACACAUUGUUAUGUGAAAAAUGUUACUGAGGAGUUAGAUCAGCCACUUUUAAGGUGCUGUCAUACACUUGGAAUGAAUGAACUAAAAUCAUUUUAACCAUACUACUGGAAAGUUACAAAGGCAAAAUUGGAAGGUUUUAUUCAUUCUUGAAUUUUUCCUUUCUAAAGAGCUCUUCUAUUUAUACAUGCCUAAAUUCUUUGAAAAUGUAGAAGGAUACCUGUCUGCAUAAUAAAGCUGAUCAUGUUUUGCUACAGUUUGCAGGUGGAAAAAAUAAAUAUUAGAAAAUAUGCUAUUGUUUUGUGUUCUUGCUGCAAUGCCUUUACCAAAGUGGCCUUAAAUAUGAGUAGUGAAUUGAGAACAUCUUGAAUUCUUAAAGACUUCUAGUGACUAACUUUUUAUAAAAAGGCCAUGUAGAAAAUUUAUUAAAACUACUAAGACUGCUAUAUUCAGGAAUAUUGUCAGUGGUAAAAGCAUUUAAAUGUAGCUUGUCAGAUUCACCAGUAAUACUUCUAAUUUCUUUACAACUUGUUAAUUUUGUGAAAUUUGUAUAUAUGAAGAACUGCAUGUAUGUAUGUGUAUUUACAAAUUUUUUAAAAGAUCUUGAAUUGUCAGACUGCAAAAGGCCUAUUUUAACUAUUGAUUUUUAAAUUUUGUCUUUGAAUGUAUUGGAAGCGGACAUGGAUUAACUGUGACAUGAUUGCACCUGUUUUGUUUUGUUUUGUUUUGUUUUUUUUCCCCCUUUGCCGGACAAACUGAUAUUAUCUAUAGGACAUUUGUUUAUGUUUGUCUUCUGGGGAAAAAACUGGAACCCAGUGUUAGGUUAAAUUUAUGGAAUACGUUGUUUAAAGGCAGUGAUACUAAGUUUAGUUAUAUCUUUUUGUUAAUAUUGAAAUGAACUUGUUUAACUAUUUAUAUAUAUAGUAAUGCCUCCUUCAUCUAGAGAUAAUCUGGCUGUCUCAUCAAAACAGAACCCAACUAAGAAACUUGCAAUUGUUUUUUAAAAAUGCCUCUGAGCAAUCCAUAUGUCAUAAAGUCUGUAUGUUAGAGCACACACCUUUGUUAUUUAAAAUUUAAAUAAUUUUGAUUAUUUGCUUUCUUAGCCCUGUAGCAUAUUAGUAGUUGAGAAGUGAUGACUUGGAAAGGAGACUGAAAAGACAUGAAGCGCAUACACCGUCCGUGACGCUUAUUAUAGGGACAGCCAGCCCAGUUUAAAAGACAUCACUGUAUCACAUACUCUUAUGAUAAUGGUCUGUCAUUAUAGCUCUGCCACCAGGAAAGGGUGAAAUUGGUUAUUUAAAUAUGUAAUACCUGUAUGAAAAGUUUAUCUUAAAAUGAUUCAAAAGUUUUGAAAAGCAUUGGCAUUAAAAGAGAUGAAUAUCACUUUCCUCAAAUAGUUAUUCAUGUUGAAUGCCUUUUGCAUUGAUGGCUACAUGAGUUGUUGUCCUAGUGUUUUAGAAAUCUCUCUGGUAUUUUGGACUUGGUGUCCAGUGCCCAUCUAACUGGAAGUAUGGCUUAUCUGAACUGUCUGAUAAGCAAAGUGGCUGGGAAAUCUGGCCCUUUUCUCAGCAGACUGCCUCUUAGAAUGAAACAAUCGCUACACAGUUCCGUGUGUGUGUGGGUAUAGUCUUAAAGUGUUUCUACUUUAGGGAGCGGUCCCUCAACCCAUUUUUCAUGGAAAUAAAACUUAAGACAUGUCUUUGAAUUUCUGUUUUAGCUUGUAUCAAGUCCAAAUAAAUUCAUAUGUGUAAAAUUAUAUAAUUGUAGGCCAUUACCCAAAUAACCUACCAGGCUUUCCAUUUAAGAAGUAAAUUAAACAAUUGUUAUCAAAAUAAUUUUAAAGACUAUUUUUUUCCUGGGUAAAUCUUGAAGUUUGUAAUUAAAUGGGAACUUUUAUUGACUUAUUUCUAAUGAAUACUUAAAAAAAAAAAUCAAGUGUUUAAGAAGAGACCCAGCUUUAAAGUGGAUUUUCUUAUGAUCUUUAUUGCUUAAAAAAUAAAAAAUCAACUUCUAUUCA